UCACUGGAAUGUGCCAUUAUUCCUGAGUACAGAGAACCAGUGCUGCUCAGCUGACAGCUGUGACCACAUUCAAGAGGCUCUGCUGCUGCUGCCGUCGCUCUGCUCCCCCAAGAUGGGGGCUCAAUUUGGAUUGUCGUGGCUGCUGCCUUGCGUCCUAGCUGCUCUAGUCCAGGCACAAAAGAGCAAUGUACCCAAGUCGGUUGACUGCUACAAUUCUGUCAGCGGAACGAUCUACAACUAUGCGGCCAUCACUAUAGAGGAGAGUCAGCUUGUCCCCUUUAAAGAGUACGAGGGAAAGACACUCCUGAUUGUGAAUGUGGCGACGUACUGAGGGUUAACCAUGCAGUACCACGAACUGAAUGCACUACAAGAAGAACUGGAAUCCAAUGGUUUGGUCAUCUUAGGAUUUCCUUGCAACCAAUUUGGUCUACAAGAACCUGGCAGUAAUGAAGAAAUUCUUCUCGGACUGAAAUAUGUUCGUCCUGGUAAUGGCUUCACUCCAAACUUCCGACUGUUUGAAAAAGGAGAUGUUAAUGGGAAGAAAGAGCAGAAAGUAUUUACCUUCUUGAAGAACUCCUGCCCCCCUGUUGGUGAGGACUUGGGCAAACCAUUAAAUCGGCUCUUCUGGGAUGAUGUCAAAAUCCAUGAUAUCAAGUGGAACUUUGAGAAAUUCCUUGUUGGACCUGAUGGACGUCCUGUAAAACGAUGGCACCCCCGUACAGAAGUCUCUGAAGUUAGGAAAGACGUGCUCACAUACAUGAAGUCACAGUCAGGACUUGAAAGGAUUUUAAGGAUGGAAAGGCAGGAGCAGUAGACACAAUCAUGCUUAAUGUUAUAGAUAUGUUUGUGCUCUUUUGUGGCAAGCUAGUUUGUAGGAGACAAAAGGUAUUCCGGAGACGCCAUCUGUAUGAAAGAUAGGUCAGAAAGCACACGGUGUGGGACCUAUCUGGAAACCAGAAUUUUGGUAGAUUGCCGUUCAGUGCAUUCCAGCAACUCUACCAAUCUGGGAUGGACUCUGGUUGACCCUGAGGUCUUCUCCUUGCUGCUUGGGCUCAAUGGUGAAGCUUUAUCUGUGCUGGUACUCAAUAAACACUAUGUAUACAA